UAAAAAACGAAUGUCAAAAUAGAGAGUUAAGCAAAACAAAAUGUCAUCGUCUAUCGAAGAAAUUGAAUUGCUCGAGCGAGUUUUGCUGCGUCUUGGAAAUGCGGAUACAGACGAAAAACUGGAGGCCGCCGUAGGCAAAUUUCUUACGCCGGUACUUUUGAAAAUAACCUCACCGCAUGAAAAUGUCCGAGCUAAGGUGAUGGAAGUCCUUACCCAUCUAAAUAAGCGCUUGAAGUCUCGACCAUUGGUCCAGAUCCCAGUUGAUUUGUUACUCGACCAGUAUUUGGCAUCUGAUUCCUCAUUCCUGCACAAUUUCUCCAUAAUUUACAUAACAAUGGGUUUUCCCCGGUUACCUCUUGAGAAGCAAACGGAGCUGGCCCCGAAGCUUCUUAACUGUGUGGAGAAAAGCCCGGAUUCACAUCAGGAUAAAAUUCUUCUGUUGAUAUUGCCUUUGUUGGGAGAAGUGAAAUUGCCCGUGGAUGUAGCUGAAAGGAAAUCGAUAUUCGGUUUGGAAGAGAAAAUGGCCACAAAGAAGUUGCUUCUAGGGCUCAUUCAGGACGUAUUAUUACUACCUUACGGUGUUACGCAGGAUGCCGAACUACCGCCAGGUUUCAGUAUAAGCUCGUUCAAACGAAUUAUUGCCAAUAAUUGGAAGGCAGAAGAACUCGAACAGUUAAAAAAAGGCAUUGUUCGAUUUAUUUGCAGUGGAGCACUUCCGGAUCUUGAUAUUUUCAUCCUGCUUGUGUUGGCUUCUUCCGACACACGUUUCAGCGUGGCAACGCCAGCGAUAGCAGAGCUUAGUAAGGUUUGCACUUCCUUGGAUUUUUCCGACCCACAGGUUACGGCUCCACUUUACAACCUUUUCUCCGGCAAUGGCUCUAAAGUGGCCGAGAAGAAAACCACUCCGUGCAGUGCACGAGUUCGACAAAAAUUACUUCAAUAUUUAAUCAGGGGUCGUGGAAAGGGUAUCAACGCGGUGAAGGGUAUUCAAGUAAUAUUUGAAGGGUUAUUUGGCGAGAAUACGAAUCAAAAAUGCAAGGUGCUAUCCUUACAAUUCUGUGAAGUCCUGACAAAAGAGGGACCUAAGGAAAUUGUGACACGUGUGUCCAAAGUGAUUCUAACCGGCUUGUCCAAGCUUAUUGGGAAAGAAACCAGUGAAAGUAUUGAAGUCCAAAACGCAGCAUACUCUGCCAUGGCUCAAUUGACUCGAGUUUGUCCCGAAGUUGUGAACCAAGAUUUGAAAAUUGUCGUUUCUUACUUCAAUAACUUGACUACCGCGCCACAGGAAUUGCAUACUUCGAUACGUGAAGCCCUAAUUGCAAUGGCGCCAGCGUUCGCAUGGAAUCAUAAUGCAAUGGAGACUGAAUCGAGCACGGAAUUUGUAUUGAACUCACAGCAAAAUUUACUAUUGGCUAUGCUUUCAGACAAUGCGGAGGUGAAAUCGCAAAUUGUGCAGAACGUUACGAGUUUCUUUUUAAUGACAUGUUUCCCUGAUUAUUUCGCCCCUGCAAGGUUCCUAUUAUUAUUGAUAGCUGGGGAAAAAUCAUCCGCUUUGCAUGAAAGUGUUACAUCCUAUUUGUAUGGUGUCUCAAAAAAAGACCACAUUAAUUAUAAUAUGAUCUCCUCCGUGGACAACCCUGUAACAGAAAAUGGUGACGAUUAUAAUAAGCUUUCAUCGGAAGAACGACGUGUUACUUUGCCAGGCUUCAAAGAAAUGGUGAAUUAUGUUUCGGAAAUGGCGAAAAAACGGUUGGCGAAUUCAACUCAGAAAUUUAUUAUUGGCAAAACUGUCUUGCCGUUUCAUCCAAAUGUUUAUUGUGAGAUUUUGGAUUACUUACGUCUGUGCUUGUGGUACUCAGCAGGAGCCCGCAGCCGUCCUGGAGAUGAAAAAUGCAUUAACAUGUUUAGGGAUUACAUCACGGCAAACUAUACAAGUAGUGAGGAUAAUGAGAUUGCUAAGUAUUUGCAAUUGGUGAAGACCUCAGUUGAAGCAAAACGAGAGGACACCAAUUUGCUUUGCUUGUAUGAUCUUCUCAACGCAGUCCCAGAGCUAAUCACAAAAAAUCAAGUAGAUCUCUUGGAACCGUUGGCUGUUUCCCUCAAGGAUGUAUCAGAAACACUGCGUAUAUCAGUUGCCCAAGUGUAUGGCAUUGUUUUAGCCUAUGGAUUAUCAGAUGAUGAUUUCAAUCGAGCAAUAACGGAAAUGAUUGAUUCUAUGACACAUAAAUCGCUUGAAAAUCGUCAUGGUAUCAUUUUAGUUUUGGGUCAUGCAUUCAGUAUGAAAAUUCGAUCAUUCAAAGGAUCAAAGUCGUUGAAAUACUUUCAGGAGUGGAAAGAGUUCAUUAAAUGCUUGCAAUUAACAGUUCCUUUGCUUGUCGAAUCACAACCGCUUCUUGUAUCGGCCGCUAUUAAGAGUAUAUCGUUCAUUGGAAAGGUUGCUGAACUGCCUGAAUUUGAAGUUGUACUGCAUAAGAAAACAUCGGAGGAAGCAAUGGAAGUAGAAGAGAUCUCAUUGUCUGCCAAGGAUCUUGUCUUUGAAACGGUAUUCGCCAUGGUGGGUAACUCUAGCGUUCGAGCUAGAAUUCGUGAAGAUGCUGCAACGUGUUUAGGCAAUAUAGCCAUUGGAGACGGGAAGCAUUUUACAAAAAAGAAUCUAGAGAAAUUUUUAACAUUGAUAAAAGUCUCGAAGGAUGCUGCAUUGAAUAUUGCGAUUGCUCAAGCAAUUGUGUUUACUAUAAAAGGCUACGAUGUGAACAUUGGACCUCCAGAGGAUGAUUUCCAGAAUCAGUAUUGCAACGAUGAGACCUUAGAGUGGUUUUUAACUACCGUAAUAAAGCAUGUGCCAGAUGUCAAUCCACAUUCUCGACAGGCUUGCGGUGUUUGGUUACUUGCCAUUGUGAAAAAUACUGCCGACAGGAAUCCCGUGAUAACGAAAAAGCAAUUGCUGCAAUUUGCAUUUACUGAACUUCUUUCCGAUGAUAGCGAGUUCGUUCAGGAUGUAGCGUCGCGAGGCUUGGGACUUGUCUAUUCGAUUUCUGAUCCAAACAGUCAGAAUGAUUUGGCUAAUUCGUUGCUUGACCAACUGAUUGGUGGUAGGCAACAAGCCAAAAAAGUUGAUGAAAAUACCGAACUUUUUGCCGAGGGUGUUCUGGGAAAAACUCCUACAGGAGGAAAUAUUACUACCUACAAGGAAUUGUGUGGCUUAGCAUCUGACCUUAACAAACCCGAAAUGAUUUAUCAGUUCAUGCAAUUAGCAAAUCAUAAUGCCAAGUGGAACAGCAAGCUUGGUGCCGCUUUCGGUUUGAAAUCGAUUUCGAAAGAAGCAAAAAUUGAAAUGCAACCGUACUUGGGAAAAAUUGUACCGCGUCUUUACCGCUAUAAAUACGAUCCUACCCCCAAAAUCCAGAAUUCAAUGAUAUCAAUUUGGGACUCGGUUGUAAGUGACUCAAAGGAAAUUGUGGAAUUGUAUUACUGGGACAUUCUGAAGGAGCUAAUUGUAAACAUGACGGACAAUGAAUGGCGAAACCGGAUCGCGUGCUGUUUGGCAGUUCGAGACUUACUUAAACGACCAAAUGGACUUAGAUUAAGAUCAGAAGAAACUGGUAAUAAAGAAAGCACUGCAGAGAGAAUGGAGACUGACGAGGUCCCAGAGCCUGAAUUAAAGGAAUUAUGGUCACAGUUGUUCAGAGUGAUGGAUGAUUUUCACGAAGGAACUAGAUUAGCUGCCGAAGGGACAGCGAAAGCUUUAAGCAAAAUUUGUGUUGCGGCGGCGUCCAGCAACCAUGGAAAGUCAGGAAUGGCUGUUGCUAGUUCAAUCUUACCAUUGUUCCUAAAUGACGGGGUUACACAUACAGUAGCGGAAAUUCGUCGUUUAAGUAUAAAAACGAUAUCAGAACUGAUUGAUUCAUCUGGGUCACUCAUAACGCCACAUUUACCAUCUCUGAUUCCUUGCCUUUUACGAGCAACAGGGGAACUAGAAACACCAAAGCUAUCGUAUCUUUCAAACCGUAUGAGCGGAGAAAGUGAAGCUCAAGAAGCUGUAGACUCGAUUCGAGCGGAAGCUGCUAAAUCCCAUCAUACCAUGGAGACCAUAGCGAAGUGUGUGCGUCACAUCGAUUACGAGUGUUUGCAGAAAAUGACGCCGGCAGUCUUGGAAUUAGUGAAGACCACUGUUAUCUUAGGCACGAAGAUCGCUUGUGCCCAUUUCUUUUGCCUUAUAUCUACACGAUUGGGAAAGGAAAUGACGCCGUUAGUAGGCAAAUAUCUAGCAGCCUGUUUAGUCGGACUCAAGGAUAAAAACCCAACAGUUCGAAAAUACUACGCUAGCGCCAUUGGACAUUUGGCUGGAAUAGCCAAAGAGCAGUCUGUGAAAAAUUUGAUUAACAUAUUAUCUGAUCUCUACGCUGAAGACCCUUCGAACAAGGGUGUCCCAUUAGUCAUUCAAUCAAUUAACAAAAGGCACCAUGAACUGUUGAAAGAUUAUGUGGAAAAUAUUAUUCCGUUGAUAUUCUUUGCUAUGCAUGAAGAGGUAAACGAUGACAACAAAGCAACUGUAGAACUCUGGAAGGAAUUGUGGCUUGAUAUUAGUCCAGGUGAUGCAGGUAUACGAAUGAAUCUAAGCUCUAUUGUGCCAGUUGUUGAAAAGGCUUUGGAAGAUUCAAGUUGGGUUCGAAAAACUCAGGGGGGAAACGCGUUGAAUACAAUUGCAACGCGGCUCGGUAAUAAUUUAGAAGAAAAGUAUCGUCUGGAACUACUAAAUUUACUGAUUAGUACUAUUCCGGGACGAACUUUCCAAGGCAAAGAAAGACUGCUUCAAGCCAUUGCAAGUCUUUGUAAAGGUCUCAAUCGUGAGGAUCCAAUUUGUUCGAAGAUCAUUGAUAUUGUUAUGAAAGAAUGUCGUAAAGAGGAGCCGCAAUAUCGGACGCACGCUCUGAAAGCAAUCGGUGACAUAUUGGAAGAACUGCAAGCUGAUCGAUUUGAAGAAGUAUACAACAUGGUGUGGUAUCUACUUGAUAAGAAAACGUUGAAAACCGAUUCGAAUGACGAUGAGGAUAUGUCUGAUAUAACAACAGAUGAACGUGCAAGACGGGCAAAUAUCUUUAAUAAACUUAAGGAAACAGUUUGCGAAACAAUUGGCAAAUCCUGGCCGAAAAAUUCAGUUGAAACGCAACAGAAAUAUCAACAAUUGUUCGUGGAACGUUGUGCCAAUUGUUUGAAGGACAGCACACGUCAGGUGCAAAUUAGCUUGUUAGUUGCUUUAGGAAAGUACGUUGACCGAUUGAAAAUACUGGAAAUUGAAAUAUCAGACAAUGUGGAGAAAAAACUAAGGACUGAUUUGGAUAGGGCGACUAUUAUCGAUCAAAUUUGUAAUCAAAUUUUAACAGCCAUCUUUUAUGCUUCAGGCCUACCACAUACGGGACUUAAAAAAGAAUCAUUGAAUAUAAUUUUGCUACUUAUAAAAAGGUUAGCUGGUGAGGACAACAAAGUGCACCUAAAAAAGGUUAAGACUUCCUUUGAAGCAAAUUUGCAUAUUUUCGAAAAGGAUUCAUCGCCUGAAGUUCGUUGCCGUAUUAAGGACAUUGAAGAAAAAUUGAGUAAAAUCCAGUGAUGAUCCAGAGCGACUUUCAAUCGUCUCUGUCCGAUUAACCAUAACCAUCUUUGUAAUCUCGUAACAUAUAACAACUAGUUGUGUCCAUGUCCUACGUAGAAUAAAUGCCAUCUGAUUUUGAA